CGGUGAUGUUGUGAAGCAAUUUCUGUAUGUUAUUGAGCUCCUUCUACAACAUACCGAAAUCUGCAAUCUGCAUGACUUUCGGUUGUGUGAGCCUCUCCCCGGCAAUGCUGUGAAAGCAGGAGCACUCGAUCCAUUUAAGUUCUUCUUCCACUCCCCACCACCUCCUCCCAAGCCAGCCUCAUCCUCAUCCAGAAUACUACAGAACCAAUAACAGCCAGCAUUAUAGUCACUUCAUCACUUGAGCACUGCUUGCGAUGUUGAUACCGAAGAGCAUCCUACUCGGGGUCGCAGGCCUUCUCCCUGCUAUCGUGUCCGGGAACUUGGAAUCCGGCCAACAGAUCACCUUUAUGCCAUCCCCUUCCUCGCCUUCUAUAUCAGAGAAACCUCACCCGAAUUUGAAAAUCUCGAACACCAAUCGAAAUGGAGUGGACUUCGAGAGAAUCACCAUGGACGAGUUUCCGGAAUACGCCAUUCGAGUGAGAUCUCCCGAAGGAUUAUGUGACCCUACCGUCCGUCAGUACAGCGGGUAUUUAGAUAUCUCAGAAACCAAGCAUCUGUUCUUCUGGUUCUUCGAAUCAAGAGAUCGACCCGAAUCGGACCCUGUGGUCUUGUGGCUCAACGGUGGACCUGGCUGUUCCUCAUCUACUGGUCUCCUGUUCGAGCUUGGCCCCUGUAACGUAAGAGACCAAGGCAAAAGCACCGAGCCCAACCCUCACGGCUGGAACAAACAGGCCAAUGUGCUAUUCCUCGACCAACCCGUGAACGUAGGUUACUCCUAUGCUGAAGGUAGCUCCGAUUCGGUCAGCGACAGUAUCACAGCCGCCAAAGAUGUCCACGCAUUCCUCCAACUGUUCUACGCCCGAUUCCCCGCUUAUCUGAAAUCAGGCUUCCAUGUUGCUGCCGAGAGUUACGGUGGCCAAUAUGCACCAAACAUUGCCACCCGAAUCAUCAAGGAGAACAACGACUUACAAUCGGGCAGCCAGCUGACCCCGACGGACAAGGUGGUCAUCCCGCUAUCCACGGUGAUCAUCGGAAACGGCCUGACCGACCCACUCGUCCAGUUUGCCAGUGUGCCGGACUAUGCCUGCGCUCCCUCGCCCUAUGCGAUCUUCGACGAAUCUACUUGCGCUUCCAUCCGCUCUAAAGUUCCCACCUGCGAGAGACUCCAAAAGUUCUGCUACAGCAACCCCUCGCGAUUCACUUGUGUUCCCGCUACUCUUUACUGCUGGAGCUCGAUCUAUGGGCCCAUCCAAAACGCGAACAAGAACCCGUAUGACGUCCGUCAAGGCUGUGAUCGUCAAGUCAACCCUCUUUGCUAUGACGAGAUGAAUUGGAUUGAAAACUACUUGAACCGAGAUGAUAUCCGGACCGAGCUUGGUGUUCCGUCUGACUUGAAAUUCGAGAGCUGCAACUUGGAUGUCAACCGAGCCUUCCAAAUGUCUGGAGACAACAUGCACAACUCGGCCAGCCUGAUUCCGGACAUCUUGAGCAACGGAGUAAGACUGUUGAUCUAUGCCGGAGAGGAUGACUUCAUGUGCAAUUAUCUCGGCAACGAAAGAUGGAUGAUGGCCUUGAAGACCGAGUUCAGCGACGAAUUCCAACACAAAGCGCACAAGUACUUGAGUCGAUACUCGCUCGAAGGCGGCAACUCGACUGUUGUCAAAGACGCCCCAGGUCAUGUCGGGAUGGUCCGCUCUGCCGGCCCGGGGGCUGGCAACUUCACCUUUGUUUCCUUGUAUGAGUCCGGUCACAUGGUACCCCAUGACCAACCUGAAAUUGCGUCUGAGUUGAUCAAUAAAUGGCUCCAGAACCAACCAUUACAUUAGAAAUAGACUAUCUCCACCGUCCCACUGGAUUUCGCUUUGAUUCAUUUCCAUCCUCUCCUCUGAAUCCUAUCCUAUGUGCCAUUUCUCGGGUUGACUCGCUUCAAAUCGGUCCCGGACGGAAUUUAUUUUCCUCUUUUUUUCUUUUCUUGUGCCUGUUGUCAUAUUUUACUUGCAACUUUCUCUGGUCUUCCUGUUCUUUGUUGUUAUGUAUACAUGAAAAAAUCAUAAAUCGGGUUGCAAUUCAGACUUGUCAAGUAGUGUCCCACCAAACUGGAUCAAUGUCUUGAUUAGAGCUUCGAUCAAAUGAUCGAUUCUCCGUCUCAUUUAAUUAUAUGGUGAGCAUAGAUAGCUAUCACUGUGUCCUAUGUAUGUUUUAAGGGGUUUUCCAUUCCCA